AAUACCUCACUGGCAGUGGGCAGGGAGGAUAUGAGGAGCAAUCGUGGAAGAGGACUCAGUCCGACCUUGUCUGGCUUACGGUCCCUUGCAUGGUUGUGCGUAAACGCUGCUAAAAUAGUUGGCGGCGUGUAAAGCCCUUUCAGGCGUGCACAAGUUUUGCCCUCAUUCAUGUUUUUUUUAUUUGCAGCACAUCCUCGUCGGGGUGAUGUGCACAGAAAUAGAUCAACAUUACUCCAACCUCUUCCGCAUAUUGGAUUCUUUGCAACAGAAGGUCGCCUAUGUCCCUCCAAGGAUUCGGGAGAUGAAGCCUACUGCAGACACGGACACAGUAUUUUCUGACUUUUAAAACGUUUUCUGCGCAGUUUUAAUCACGAGAUUUCUUCAACUUUCGAAACACUGUUUUCUCCCUAUGUGGAAUUACUCGUUGUAUUUGAAUAUAUCCGAGUUUUUGGGCACGCCUGCGCAGAGCAGUGUACCGUGCACAUAUUCGAUCAUAAUGCAUUUUAUUUAGGACAUUCCCUGUUUUGUACAAAGUGCCAAAUUAAGCCGGAAUGGCGAACGAGUGUAAUCGCAACGUUGUGGAAAAGUACAUCUGCCAUAAACUCUCCAAACGGGGCUACGUGUGGGGAUUUCAUGAUGUCCAGGAUGAAGAUGCUGCUAAUAAUGGGUCAAUAGUUGCCCCUCCACCGACUUUGGUUCGUCGGUGCCGUGAAGCCAGCACUGGGCCUGACAGCGAGAGCACCCCCCACCGCUGCAAGCGGCCCCCUCAGUCCGACAUGCACGCCGCCAUUCACAGAGUCCUGCGGGAGGCUGGAGAUGAACUUGAAAGACUAUACCAGCCAGACUUCACAGAAAUGUCGCGCCAGCUCCAUCUCACCUCCACCACGGCGCAGAGAAGAUUCGCCGAGGUGAUAGACGAACUGUUCCGGGACGGGGUGAACUGGGGCCGGAUUAUCGCAUUCUUCGAGUUCGGCGGCACGAUGUGCGUGGAGUGCGCUGCCAAGGAGGAGAUGACACCGCAAGUGGACAAGAUCGCGGAGUGGAUGACGGAGUAUUUAAAUGGACCUCUAAACAGCUGGAUUCAAGAAAACGGGGGAUGGGAUGCCUUUGUGGAGCUGUAUGACAGACAGAGGGAGUCGGUCUUCAGUUGCUCUUGGCCUUCCAUCAAGACAGUUUUUGGUCUGGCUGCACUUGGAGCAGCUAGCCUUACUAUUGGAGCUUACCUUACACAGAAAUGAACCAGUCCUACCUUGUCUUUAUUUCUCAGCAUCCCCCUUCCUUUUACUUGUGCCUCUCUUUUUUCCUUUUAAAGACGCCCUGAUCCUUCAAACGACCUUCAGACUUCUCCAAAUCUCUUCAAAGCCUUCAAGCCAAAAACUCUUUUUCGCCCUUCCGUGUUAAAACAGACAUGAAUCAAAACAACUGAUAGAACCAGAUGCAUUGCCCAUAGAGAGCCAAGGAUGUCUUGAAAAGAGGUGGCACAGAUGUAAUCAAGCUGAGUAAUGAGAGAUGAGGGAUCUGUGGCAUGCAUCUGUCUUUUUCUUAUGUUCUGCCUGCUUCUGUACUAGUUAUAGCAUGACCAUUGAGUGUUAGUGUAGAUGUGUUGCAUGUGUUGAAGCUCAUGAGGGGCUUCUAUGUAGAGGCCUUGAUGAUGGAGAUGCAGGGACGACGAUGAUGAUGACGGCGGUGACACCCCACGCCGGUGAGGAGGCAGCCCUACCCCUGCUUGCUGAGGUGAAGAACCCUGUUUGAACUCUGGACUCCAAUCCCCCGGCUGUUGUCCAUCAAAGGAUUUCCUCUACAGAACAGCUGCUCAGAAUGUAUAAUGGAAAAAGCUUGCUACAACCAAUGUGGUGUGUGUCUGCUGCUUUCACUGCUCAGACAGCUCUAGUCAACUCCGAACACACUGCACCAUUAUACUCACCCUGGCCUUUAACAAAGGAUGGGUCAGUGGAGGAUCGAGUUUAACUUUGAAAAGUUCUUGAAAGCUUCUUGGUUGCAAUUUUUAUGUUUAUCUGAUUUUGUUUGCAACAUGCCAAACCCCAUAUUGUGUGGCUUAACUGCAGAAAAAGAGGGUUUUUUAAGGACUGAAAAACAUGCUGGAGAACCUCACUGUAGAAAAAUGACACGUUGAUGAGAGAAAUACUGAGCACAGCACCAAGAGUGAGGUAGAAGUAAAAUAAACAUUGCAUUUUGCAACGUAGGAAGGGGGUAAGCCCGUGUAACAUAAACUGACAGGAGUUUAAGAAUGCAUUCCUCAAGCAUAGUGAUCGAGACCACUCCUCUGCUAAAUUAUUCCCAUUUAAAGCUCAAAUAAUCAUAACUGUUACUAUUAGCACCAAGCAACUCUACAAAGUAUCGGUUCUUUUGUCUUUUUUCUACCUCUGUCUUCAGUCCAUUUGGGCUCACCCGGGUUUCAGAGCUGACACUGUCAACAUGUGUCCUCCAGCUGCCGAAGCCUUACGGUGAUGCUAGAAUCCAAUCUGACAGAGACGGUUGUUGACGUCACUCGGCCACAGAUGACCGAGCAGAACACCAUGACGGCAGGGCUUCAGUGGCACUAAAGCCAGAGUGUCCUGUGUGCUGAAACCUGAGCUGCCCCUUCUCUCCAGCCUACAAAUGCAUUCAUUCACCGAUUCGAUCCUUUGUCUGUUUUUAUUGAUGUCUGUCUUGUGUUCCAGUCGGAUAGAAAAUUUUGGGAAGGCUCACACCGACUCCAUAUUUUAUUAUAUACAGUAACUAGCACACUGGUUAUGGAAAACUGAUUUUAUUUCUUUAUUAUUAAAAAUCUUCAGCCUCUUUAUUGCAUGGAUGAAAGACAUCACAUUCACAACAUAACAAAUAUUCACUAUGUGUAACCAUAUUUAUAACAGAAUAGGGCAGAAGAUAGAAAAUAACAAAGAAGUUGCAUUUUCUAUUUAUUCCCAGGUACCAGAUGACUAACAGUACUUUGAAAAGUCGUUUUUAGUUUUCACUUUUUUUUUCUAUUCUACGGAAUCACACUGUAACUACAUUAUUUUCUGGCUGCUAUUAUAACAAGAAAAUGUUUAAAAAGUGAAUGUGUCAUUAAUAUUGGCUUAAGGCUGCUAUACUGUCAAUUUACCUUUCACUUACAGCUUAAAAUGCCACAAAUUUACAGUAUAGUUCUAGAGAGCUGGAAACCAAAGUUAACUUGUAUUAAUCUUUAAUUUAAAAGUAGCUUACUGAGAAUAUGUGUCACUGCCCUACACUGUCUGAUGAGGUUGUAUGAUCUCACUAUGCAGGAUUUGUCUAGUGUUACUGUAUUAUACGUGCUUACCUUUUGUCAACUUUGUGCUCCAAUGAUAAUGCAGUGGUAUAAAAUCUUACCAGAUCUAAACCUCAUCUUAUUUAUCACUUUAAAUCACUCCCAUGGUGUUUGAUAAUCUAAUUGCGUGGCCAGAGAGAAGCAGAGGGUGAUUUAAUAGCAAUAUACUGUAAUUUUUUAAUACUCUGUGCAUAUGAAUGUAGGCGCUAUGGUUACUGUACCGUUUUGUCUGUAAUCGCAAACCUGUAGCACUUAAAAACAGUGAAUUGUGUUUCUGUUGUUUACCGCUAUAUCCACAAUAAGCUAGGGGUUAUACUGUUCCCAAUAAACAAGAUUUCAGAAACACCUGCAGUCCAAGUUCAUAUUGUCUACUUUAUUUUUUCCUUCAAAUUCUGUUUAAUCUCUGUGCAGGUCGGCAAAGCAGUUAGAGAAUAAGAAAGGUGGACAGCAGUGGAUCAGCAGUGCUCUUUUAAUGAUAUAUCUAUCCACAGCGGUUAACUGUAAAUGCAGGCCUUCUCAUGUCAACGUCUCCUCGUGAAGGACUGCAAAAGCUGCACGAGCAGCAGCCGUACCCCAUCAGACAUCAAAGCUGUCCCCAAACGCUGCACUUGUCAGCCUCCGUCUUCUGCUCCACACACUGCUAAACAUGAGCGCAAAAACCUAAAUG